AUGCUAUCGAGCUCCUACAGCACAGCCGUUCAGCCUGAUCACCUUGUUCUUUCCUCGGGAAUUUCCGCGGCACUUAGUAUUCUCGCGAAGGGCAUCGUGGGAGGCCCUGGAUCGGUCGUGUUGGUGGAAAAUAAUACCUAUUUUUUGGCGGGAAACAUUUUCAAGGAAGUUGUGCCGAUAGAUGAGGAAGGCCUUAUCCCGGACGAGCUCGAGAGCAUCCUGAGGAGAGAAAAGGUUUCCGCGUUAUAUACGAUACCUGUGCAUCACAACCCACAGGGAACUGUGAUGAGCGUUGGUCGGCAGAAGGCGGUAAUGGAGCUUGCGGUGAAAUAUGAUUUUCUGGUUAUCUCUGAUGAACCCUACGGUCUACUGCACUAUGAAGACGUUUCGAAGUGA